UGGCCCGAUUCGGAUCAGUUGCGUUUCGUGUCCCAGGCCAUGACUGUCAUUCAACGGGUAGUUGUCGCUGAAUAUGGAUGUGACAGUUCUCGCUACAAGUGCCCUGGCAUUUGUACUGUAUUUAAACACUUUAGAUGCAGAUUUUGCCUAUGAUGACAGUCGUGCCAUUCAGAAGAAUCAAGACCUUGAAUCAAAAACGCCACUAAUAAAUAUAUUCUAUGAUGACUUUUGGGGGACACCACUCACACAUUCCGGUUCACAUAAAUCAUACAGACCUUUAUGUGUGCUCUCUUUCCGUAUCAACUAUUAUUUUGGAGAACUCAACCCAUGGGGAUAUCAUCUCGGAAAUGUUUUGCUACACACGCUAGUUACGGCCAUAUUUACAAAAUUAUCAAGGAUAUUUUUACGGCAAACAUUUGCGACGUUAGUAUCUGGAAUGAUUUUCGCUUCACAUCCCGUGCACACAGAAGCAGUAGCGGGGGUUGUUGGGCGUGCCGAUGUUGGAGCCUGCCUCUUUUUCAUUUUAGCUAUCAUAUGCUAUAUGGAGUAUGUCAAGCUACGUGAUAGAAUACAUGACCCGGGUGGUAAACGAUCGCUACGGUUUAUAUAUUUCUUCGGAACGUCUGUGUUGACUACAGCAAGCAUGUUGACGAAGGAGCAAGGUGUUACUGUCCUAGGUGUAUGCGCAGCUUAUGAUCUCUUUGUUCACAACAAAAUGAAGAUUUCAGAUAUUAUACAAUUUUACAAAAAGCCCUCAAGCAAGAGAGCCAUGGAAGGCGUGUUUCUGCUUGGAAUGCUGGGUAUCGGACUCAUAGUGUUUAGAGUAUACUUCAUGGGAAACAAGCCUCCUGAGUUCGCACCAUCUGACAACCCUGCAUCAGACUCGGAUCAGUUCAUCACUCGCUGUUUGACAUAUCUUCUGCUUCCUGUACUGAACAUGUGGAUGUUUCUUUGUCCAAGAAUACUCAGUUUUGAUUGGUCAAUGUCUGCAAUUCCUCUUGUAGAGAGUGUAGCAGAUUACAGAAAUAUUUUCACAAUAGUGUUCUACUCUGUUAUGGGCUAUUUAGCAUAUUUAACAUUAGAUUUUAUUAACAAUCAUUCCAAAGCCUCUCCUGUUCAUUUGAAUGGGAACGGUUUUUCUAGCCAUGUGAUACAAACUUUAAAACCAUCUACGGGUAAACAUAAAACAUUCCAGACUCAAAGACAGACAUCUAUUACAGGUGAAAAUUUAUCAAACUCUACACACAGUCAUUCUAGUGGUCUCAAUAUUUCUUCACAUUCCAUAGAUGUAUUAAUAUUUUCAAUUGCCUUAAUUGUGCUGCCAUUUAUUCCAGCUUCAAAUUUAUUUUUUUACGUUGGCUUUGUGAUUGCUGAGCGAGUUCUUUACAUUCCAAGUAUGGGCUUUUGCCUGUUAGUUGGGCAUGGAUGUAAUAUUCUAUACAAGAAGUAUAAAAACGAGAAGAAUAAUAAAGAGAAACUUGUUGUCAUAGGAACUGUGUUCCUGAUUGUGCUCAACAGUGGUAAGACUGUUCUACGUAACAAAGACUGGGCUUCAGAAGAGAGACUUUAUUCAUCAGGCAUAGCCGUCAAUCCUCCUAAAGCAUGGGGAAAUUUGGCAAAUAUUUUCAACAGUCAAGGGAGAGUUACUGAUGCAGAGACCGCCUACAGAAAUGCUCUCAAAUAUCGGCCAAACAUGUCUGAUACACAUUAUAAUCUGGGAAUUUUACUACAGAACCAGAAGAGGUAUAAGGAAGCCUUGGAAAGUUACUAUAAGGCUAUUGGUUACAGACCCAACUUAUCUAUGGCACAUCUUAACCUUGGUAUUCUCCUGGCCCAGCUUGGAAAUAAAACUGAGGCUGAGAAGGUAAUUGUUUUUAUGUUUCAUAAACAUAUUAAUUUGUGGUACAAACAGGAAGCCAUUGCAGUGUUUGAGGAGGCCUUGAAGAAAAGACCAGAUCACUACAGUCCACAAUCUAUAUACAAUCUAUAUGGAGAAGUGUUUGCUAAUAUAGGACUUUUGUCAUGUAAAAAAUAUUUAAAAGGGAAUCAUAAGGAAGCUGAGGAAUGGUUUCUUAAAGCAAAGAAGAUAGACCCUGAGGACACUUCAGUGUACCAACACUAUGCUCAGUUUCUGGGAGAGGUUGGACGUCUGCAAGAGUCAGUUGAUAUGUAUCGGUUGAUCUUAGAUAAAGAUGAGGACAACUUUGAGAUGGUAUUCAAUGCUGCCAACAUAUUCCGACAAGUACAAGAUAAUGAAUAUUCAGAAAAACUCUUCGAGAGAGCAUCUUUAUUGAAGCCAACUGAAGCGGCAGCCCACAUGAAUCUUGGAGCUAUGUAUCAUCUGAAUGGGAAACUAAAGGAGGCAGAAACCAGCUACCUGAAAGCCUUGCAGUUAAAGCCAGACGAUCAAAUGACAAAAGAUAAUCUAGCAAAACUUCGCAGUCUAAUACAGAGUAGAACUAAAAAAUCUUGAUUAGUGAAGAAACUCAGAAGAGCUACAGAUUCUAGUGACAGGGCAUCGAUUGGGCAAAACAUAGAUUAUGCCAUUUUGAUAGUUAAAGCUCAACUAUAUUUGUUCAUGAUUUGCUCAGGGCAACAGUAAUAAAAACAACAACUUUGAAUUUCUUACCAGGGGCUGUGGGGUAAGGUUUUAAACCUAUAAAUAAAGGCACACAGUGAUCUCUUUAAUUGAAGCCAGGAGCAUCUUUGAGAUAAUGAGAGGUAUUAACUUGUGAUGAUGAAGAUUGAUAAUGAAUAUGGAGAAGAGAGGAUUGUGGGAUUAUUAUAAUAACUUUCACCUUCUUUUACUUAGUGCAUCUAGAAUAGAUGUUAUCAGGAACGCGACAAAUGUGGGUUUUUCCCAGCUAAUCAGUAGGUACAAACAAACUUUUACUGUUAUAGCUUCACAGUGCACUACCCAUCACAAUAGAUUAGUCAAUCUGUUGCGCUUAUUUUUGAAGGUGUAACUGUAAAAGUUUGUUUGUACCUACGGAUAAGCUGGGGAAAACCCAAUUAUUCUUAAUUCUGGAGGAGUUAGUCUAUUGUCGUUGAUUAGUUCUUUGUACUAUCAUUCUAACACUUUAUUCAUAAACACCAUAUGAUGUCAGGUGUGACUGCAAUAAACGAAAUGAUGUCAUAAAAAAUACUUCUCUGCUCAAUGUUGUUUAACAUAUAAUUAUCAGUUAUAGUGAGAAUAGAAAUGGGCCGUGUCACGACAAAACCAACAUAGUGUGUUUGCAACCAGUAUUGAUCCAGACCAGCCUGCGCAUCCGUGCAGUCUGAUCAGGAUCCAUGGGAAUGCGUAGGCUGGUCUGGAUCCAUGCUGGUCUCAAACCCAUUAUGUUGGUUUUGUUGUGACGCGGCUCAAAUGUAUAUCAGUUAUUCUUGUUCUUACUGAACAAAUUAUUUAUAAACAGUUUAAUAUAAAUGUAAAUAAUAGUUCAUAUUUUGAUGGCAAUUGAAAAGAAAAAACAAUUAAAAAGUGUUUACUUUUAAUGACAUUAAAGCAGAAAGAGGUUACUCACAAGAUAACAAUUCCUGAUUUCAGAAAUGAUGGAUUUUUAAAAACAUAAUUAAGGCAGGAACAAGGCCUAUAAGUCUUCUUUUUUGAUUUGUAGAAAAGAUGAAAAAAUAAAUUCAACCUAAUCUACAUUCAUGGCCUUAAACAGAAAUAUUUACAUGAUUUUCAUUGAGUUUAUAAUGCCAUAACAUUAACAGUUCUGGUCUUAACAAGUGUUUUUCUGGUAAUGUAUUUUCAUUAGUAUUUGGCUUGAGAAGGCCUAAAUUAAAAAAAAAUCUGGCCAUCUUUUUCUCAUUUACUGUGUUGAGCAUCAUUCAAUUAACCAUAUAUUCAUUUAACAUGUAUGUCUAUUUUGACUGAUGCACUUAAAUUAAAAGGAGGUCAUUAACUAAGUUGCACGCUAUUCAGAAAUAAUUAAACACUAAAAACAACUAGCCUGUUGAUUGUCUCUAAGAUGUUAAAAUUGUUUAAUUUUUGCUUAUUAGCUUUUAAUUAUUACAUAAUGCUCAAAUUUAUUUAAAUUUAGUUGCUGUUUCUCUUUUUUGUUGAUAUUGUUAGAAAUCAUUUACAAUAUUUUGUAUUAUAAUUUACAAAAUGAAAUUUUGUGUACAAAAUUAUUGUUUUCUGUUUACUAAUGAGAGUUGUAUAAUAUAAUCUCUGUAGUGUGACAUCCUGUGGGUGACAAAUAUUUAGUUGUUCAUGAGAGGUGUUGUUCUAGACAGGUUUAAUUUAUUGUGAAUGUUUACUUUAAUAAGAAAUUUUACUGUUGUUGUAAGGAGGUAAUGGAUCUGAAGAGGGCCACUAUGCAGGGGUUAUACUGUAGCCAAUGAAUGAAUUUAAUUAGCACCUCUGUUUGUCAAAUGAUUAAAUUUCUUAACUAUUUCACUUACUUCAGCCAGUGUGGGUUUAAAUGUCACUAUGUGUGUUAGAUAAUUUAAAACAAGGAAGCCAUCUAGCUAGCUAGAAGAUGAGUUGAAGAUUGUUUUAGAUUUUACCGAGGUGUCUACUUGUUCCUGUACUAUGUAUAGAUGGGAACCAGUGGUCUACCUCCUCCAGAAAACAAUCAAUUGCCAUAUCACUUUAACUAUGAGAGUUGAAAAAAACAAAUCUAAAUAAAAAGAACAAAUAUUCCAUACGGACAAUUGCAAAAGCAAAUGAUUAUGUGUGGAACUAGAUGGUUGUUAUUUUAACAAAUGUCACUAUAUUUUACAUGCAUUUACAUUAUUCUACUUUAUGAUAUUUUCUACAAAUUUUACAAUUGUUGUUUAAUUAGCAGUUAUUAUUAUUGUUAUUACUUUACAAGUAAAUGAAUAUUCAAUGUUAAAGGGAGACACAGGCAAAAUUUUCAUUUCUUAGUUUUGAAAUUUUCAUUCAUUAUUCUGUAAAUGUCCUCAAAAUGAAUACACUAAACAGUCAAAGGAACAAAACUUUUCUCCAUAUAAAGAAUAAAAUGGUGUUUUCCUAACGUGACCCCCGUGGGUCAGGUUAGAGCGCUAAAAUUUCACAAUAGUUGUCACUCUGUACUCUGGAAACGUUAAAAAACAUGUCAAAUCAAUUACUUAGACUUGUUUCAAUCAUACAAUAUCCACAAUAUUUGUUAUUGUAACUUCCAGGGUUUGUUCAAAUCGCAUGACUUGUUUUUAAACUAUUCGGUGAUUCUGUUCGCGUCAAAAUUUCGUUCAACAUAUAUUGAUAUAUUUAAACUUCAAACCCAAAAUAUAUAA